AUGUACUUCUUCCUGGGGAACUUGUCCUGCGUGGAGAUCUGCUACACCUCCACCAUCCUGCCCAGGAUGUUGGCCCGUCUCCUGACUGGGGACAGAACCAUCUCAGUCAGUGGCUGCAUCACACAAAUUUACUUCUUUGGUGUUCUGGCAGCUACAGAAUGCUAUCUUCUAGCAGCGAUGUCUUAUGAUCGAUAUUUAGCGAUAUGUAAACCCCUGCACUAUUCAGCUCUGAUGAAUGACAGGUUUUGCCUCCACUUGGCGGCUGGAUCCUGGUUAAAUGGUUGCUUGGCUACAACCAUCUUUAUAUUAUUCCUGUCACAGUUAAUAUUCUGUGGCCUGAAUGAAAUUGACAAUUUCUACUGUGAUGUCAUCCCAGUGAUAAAACUCGCCUGCAGUGACACACACUUGAUGGUGUUGCUGGAUUUUAUCCUAGCAGGUGUAUUCACCCUGCCUCCAUUCUUACUAACCCUGACAUCCUAUGUGUGUAUCAUCGCCACUAUCCUGAGAAUCCCGUCCACCACUGGGAGGUACAAAGCCUUUUCCACCUGCUACUCGCACCUCAUUGUGGUGACAAUUUACUAUGGAACGCUAAUGAGUGUCUCCAUGCUACCGACACUCGAUACACUGAGAGUGUUAAAGAAAGUGCUCUCCCUUUGCUACACGGUCCUGACUCCCCUGGUGAACCCCCUCAUCUAUAGCCUGAGAAACAAAGAGACAAUGAAAUCUGGUAAUGAAAUUCUGACAGCCUAA